AUGGCGGCCCCCGCUCCUGCUUACCCGACAACCUCUUCUUCCUCCGUUCAUACCCUCCCCCCGCCGCCGCCGCUGCCGCUGCCACCUCCAUCCCAGGCUCCCCCUCCACCCUCUUCAUCGGGUCCGCCGCCGUUCGUUUCCCGCACGGAACUGCCGCACUACCGGCUCUACGAUUUUGCUAAGACGGCCCUCAUCAAGAUAUUCGUCUCACCAUACGCGACGGUUGGCAUCUAUUCUGUGCACCCUCCUUUCUCUCUCUGUAAACCCUAACCGUGAUGACGUUUUCUUCUCCUUCUUUCCCCAUCAAAGGUGUGCGAUCUCUAUUGCGGCGGUGGCGCUGACACUGACAAGUGGGACGAAGCCCAAAUAGGCCACUAUAUUGGCGUCGGUACGCUCCGCUGUGACACCCCCCACGCCCACCCCUACCAGCUUCACUUAAUCCAUCGCUUAAUUCACCAGAGCUUGGUUUCAGAUGCAUCGUCAUCCGGCAUCAGUGAUGCUCGAGAAACGUGGGAGAGUCAAAGAAAACCCUACACGGCAGAAUUCCUGGACCUGGACCCCUCUUUUGUGAGUGCCGUCAGAGUGUCAUUUAGCUAUGGGUUCCGAUGCUUAUCAACACAAAUGUCUUUUACAGGAAAACUUAGAGCUGCAUUUGGAGGACAAGGGUAUCCCAGUAGAUAUCGUCUGCUGUUUGCAACAUUUGCAGGCGGGUUGGUUAUUCAUGAUCGACAGACUCACGUUCAUGUUUCGUGUUCGUCGUGAUGCUGACUGGGAUAUUCGUGCAGCUUUGUUUUGAAAGCGAGGAGAGAGCGAGAAACCUUCUUCGAAAUGUGUCGAUUCUGCUUAAACCGGGAGGAUAUUUUUUUGGUAUUACUCCUGAUUCGUCAACCAUAUGGUGCGUAUUGAGAUUUCCUCUGUCAAUUCUGCAUUUUCAACAUAAUAAGAUGCCCAUGCGAAGCACUGUUAAUUUGAUAAAUGCAUUUAAAUUUCGAGCAUAAUCAUUUGCACAAUGGCCGUUUUCGAGCGAAAUAGCACCUCGUACAAUGGGGAAUGUUUUUUCCUUGUGAUCGCUGCUAUUAUUAUCAUGUAUCACAUAGGCAAAUUGGGACUAAUUUCUUAGUUUCUUCCUCUUAAUGCAAUAUGUUUUUUCCCUGCAGCUUGGUCAAUGUUGGAUCUCACCCACCAAAUCAUUGUGAAAGUUGAUUCGUUCUCACCUCAUCUAGAUAACCAUUCGUUCUCCAUCAUACAGACACCUCUGGAACGUUACUUGACUUCAGCACGGUUGGGAUAUAAAGCCCCAACCAGAUGACAUUCAUUGAGGUGUAGAGUCAUUGACCAGCAGGGCCACUAUGCUAUUGAUGCUUAACUUUGCGAUACAUAGGCUCUUGCAGUGAUAUAAUCGUGGAAGUAGGGUUUGGGCUUGCCCCAUCUGUGAAAUCAGAUUAGAUACACUAUAUCGAUUAACACAAAAGAUAAUUAAGCCUGUGAGUACAGAGAGAAUCUUGCAAACGGCAAAGGGUAGAACUGAAGACGCAUACAACCAAGUAUAACAAAAAAGGGAAGUAUAAUGUGGUUUCAUGUGAGGGAAAGCAGAUACAUCUAUUGCAACUAUCGAUGGAGAGUAUCAAGAAGGAAAGGUCUCAAACCUUGCAUACAAUAGGCAGUCAAGGUUGUACCAGAAGCUCUUUAUGAAUAAGAUGGUACCUUACCAAGUACCUUACCAAGUAUAUUCUCAUUGCAUCAGUAGGCACCAACAAAUGAGAGCCAGAGUUAAAAUGCCUUGCACGUUUUCCAGAAAACAUUAGACUGUCUAUUUGCACUCUUCCCAGUGUGAAAAAUACACCAGGACUUGCAUCUGGAGUGUAAUCUAUCAACAGGACCAAAAAGGAACCUAGAACUAGGUUACACUCACGAAGAAAACUAUUGAUAGCGGUGCACGCUGUGAGAAACAACAUAGCUCAAAUGUGGAAAACAGAUAAAUAAAUAGAGAAGCAUGUGAUAUCUCUAGUUCUGAAGCAUGGGAAAAGUCUAAAGCACAGAGGAGAAUGAAUGAGUGAUGCAUGACGAUCCUUUUAACAUUUUUUUAUCUAGAGUCUGAAGAUGAAAAGACCUCAUUCUCAAACGGCAUUCCAUUAAGGAGGUCGAACACUGAGCAAUAUCCUGCGGAACUGGAAUAAUUUCCAUCGAUGACUUCUGCAGCGAGAAGCAUUGUUUGAGGGGACAAGGGCAUAUGGCAUACUUUGGAAAAGGAGCAGAUAUUAAUACCAUUGACCUUAUGAAUACAAUUUCUUGUAAACGUCAAGCAUACAGAGCAGGGAACCACAAUGGACUACCAAUAUCAAUUGAUAAUGUAACGAUGAAAAUUUUGGAAAUUGUUGUGGCCUGAGUAUCAACAUCACAAGUCUUAGGAUAACUAGACAGUGUCUGCAUCUCAUCUUCUCAUGUGUCACUCAACAAUUAGCGUUAAACAUAAAGCUGAGAGGUAUCUAUAAAAAGUGUCCAUUGGUCCUGCUUGAUGAUUACAUUUCUUUUCUAACGCGCGGAGACAGGACCUAAUUUGCAUCAAUUGGAUAAUCACAAUUAUCUUACACACCAUGUGUGCACACUUCUAACGCUUUGGAACUUCCUAUCUCAAUUUGCUUCGCUUUGAUUCGAAAAAUUGAGUAAGUGUGAUGCUGAGAGAACUUAUAACACGUUUUGAUUGAGCCCAUUAUUGAGUCGACCCUAUUCUGAUCAUUGUUUUGAACCAUAUUGUUCGAUAUUAUCUUCAUUCAGAGAACAAGUUCAAUUGAGAACAAUCAGUCGUUGUGAUAUUUCAUUACAAGUUGUGAAUCGAUAGUCUUUCUUGACAAUUUUCCUUUCUAGAGCACGUUUUUUGCAGAUUUUAUAACGUGCAGAACAGAAUGUUGUACUAUUUUGGGCAUGUGUUCCAUCACCCCAAGGCUUAUGGUGCAAAAAUGGAUCAUUAAAAAAUCACAUUAUGGGUUGUUUCUCUUCUAGAGAAAAAAGCAUUUGUUUCAUGCAAUUAUGGUGAUCAUCCUGCUCUAUGCGUCCAGCCUUCAUCAUUGCUUACACUUGAACAUCCAUAUGGGCUUUUCAUUAGAUCAGAUUAACAAUUCCCUCUCAAUGUUGAUAGAUUCUAUCUAGUAUUAUAUGGUUAUCAUUUUACACAUUCGUACCGUAAUGGUCAUGGCUUUCGUUCUAUCUUGUUUCUAUUAGAUCAUUAAUAUUGCACCUUCAACCUCGAAUUCGAUUUCAGGACAAAGUACCAGAAAAAUGUUGAAGCUUCACAUGGUAAAGCAAGUAGUAUGAAGCCGAAUAUUGUGCCAAACUGCAUAAGAUCAGAGAAUUACAUCAUCACCUUUGAAACUGAAGAAGAGAAGUGUGCAUAAUUAUUUGGGAUCAGUUUUUUGACUUCUCCAGCUUAUUAUUUUUUAUAUGAUUAAGUCAUUGUAUUUUUUUAUCUAAAAUUUACAGAUUUCCAUUAUUUGGAAAGAAGUACCAUGUGAAAUUUGCCAAUGAUAUCACUUCAGAGAGCCAUUGUUUGGUCCAUUUUCCAAGCUUGAUCAGGUUGUACAAUGCAUUUCUCUUUCCAUUUUCCAACCUUGAUCAGUUCAAGGAAAUCUGCAUGCUUCCAAUAAAAUAAAUGAAACCUCUUGAUACGAAAUCCAAAUAAGAGAAUCCUAUCUUGUAAAUUACAGAAUCGUUCGUCUUGUGUUAUACACCAUUUUAAAGCAUUGAAUGCGAGAUGAAAAUUGUUGACAAGGAAUCCCAAUUUCAGGGGAAUUUUAUAAAAUCGUUUUGGCUGACUUAUGGUACUAACCCAAAAUAUGUCGUACAAGUAAAAACUGAGAGAAGUUAAAUUAAAGAAAAAAAUCAAUUAAAUUUAUGAAUAAAUUAGAAUGGAAAUUAUAGGCAUAUCUUUUUCAUUGUUCUUUUUCUUUUCACCUGAUUCCUACUCAUAUUUUCUUCUCUUAUCUCUCUUUUUGUUGUCCUUUUUCCUUGUGAUACUUUCUCCUCAUCUCCUAGUUCAUAUUUCGUGCUCAUUCUCAUAUUUGGUUUUCCUAUAACUUUCAGACCGGCUUCAGACUUUUUUUUUUUAUCACUAUUAGCAAUCAGGACACCUUAAAGUAAUCUGGGUAUUUAUAUCAAUCAUCAUAUACCUGUUCUGAUCAGGCUGGCAAGAGAAGUUGGUCUGGAGUAUGUUGAAAUACAGAACUUAACUGAAUUUUAUGAUGAUAACAGGUAUGUGUAAUUUCCAAGGCAUCAUUUGGAUAGAAAUACAUGCGUUUGCAUUCCUGUUAGAAUUUGUUUCAUUGUGUCAACCUAUACAUGUUCGUGAGAUAUGUUGAUAAUGUUCUUUAUUUAGUUUGUCAGAGAUCCCUAGAGACAGUCCUUUAUCACAGAUUUUCUUAUUGUUGCCCAUGAAUAGAAAAGCAAUCAUCAGAUAAAAAAGUCCUAUGCUGUACGUAGAUAUGAUGAAACCAUUACUUAAGUGUGCCUUUGGCAAUUUUCAUUUAUGUUAUACAUUCGAGAUUACCAUCCCUGUGAUUGGACCCCUAAAAGCUGCAGAACCAUGCCAAAAAAGUCAUUUUUGUUUAGGCACUAGCUUUAUGAAAUAGUAAAAUAUAGUUCGACCCACCAUUUAUAGGGGGUGCAAGUGCUAUUUUGUAGGGUUAGAGACAAAUUCAUGCGAUCUAUUGUAUGGCAUCAAAUGGGCGAUAUUUUGAUAAUAUAACGGCAUAGAGUCAAAACUACGGUCAGCUCAAAAAUAGCAUAUUCCAGCACAGAAUUCCUCGAUACAUUUUUCGUACUCAUAUACUGUGUGAGACCUAUGUAUGGUCAGGGUUAUGGUGCCCAAAAAGGACUUCCAGUAGUACCAUUGUCAUGGCAAAUGCUCUUGUCUCUCUCCACUUUGCAAAUUAGUGCUUUUUCAGUCCUUGAAUUUGGGUUAUAAGAUGCCUGAAUACCACUGUAGUUAGAUGUGACCUCACUGAUCUUUCGCAUAUUGCCAAAAGAGCACAAUUUGCAGGUAUGCUCUUCAAUUUUGGUGCAAAUUUCGUGGAUCCUCGUGGAAAGUUGCUUUCUCGAUCUUUUGAUAUCUUAGGUGAUGCUACCCUACCCUCUGGUGUUUCCUACAGAAGUGCUAUGAUGUCUGGUCCUUUUUCUCAUCUCUGUACAAAUUACAUUUAUGUGGCCACAGGUUUAUACACCACCUUUGUCUUUCAGAAGCCAGAUCCAAAUCUCAUCCUACCAAUCUCGACCCCAAUUUGCCAGGAUGGGAACCCCACACAAGAAGAAGCAAGUUCCUCCUAUUCUGGAUGCCUAGUUCUCCUGCAAAAUCCUCCGGCUGUGGCCCUAACCAUCUCCUCGUGUAUAUUUUUUCCUCUGCAGCAAGAGUGGCCAACGAGCGGUUGGAGGCCACAGCCGCAAAUGGAUGAAGACAGAAAUGGGCAUGUGGACGCGAAUAUGACCACCGUAAACAGUGUUAUUCCGGAAAGCGACAAAGGAAUCCUUGGUCCUGGGCCAGCUGAUCUUAGAUUCACAGAACCUUUCUGA